AUGAAGUGGACACCAAUCAAUGGCGCAUUCAAGAGAUCUUUGGACGCUGUUCAUACAUCAGUUGUCUACUGUCGUGGCUCUGUUUAUGUGUUUGGAGGAUUCGACUCACCAAUGAUCUACUCAAGGUACUCACUGUCUAAUCAUCAAUGUGAACGUAAUGACAUCGUUGGAAUAAGUGGAGGCAAUUGGAUAUCUACAUGUUAUGAUGGCAAUCAUCACAUCUACCUGGUUGGUGGCGAUCACAAUGGACAGAGAUUGAAUCGUGUCGAUUGCUUUGAUAUUGUAACAGGGCAGUUCAGUCAUAUUGGACACCUACCAUACUCCCUGGCCUUUGCAUUCAUAUGCUUCCAUAACAAUUCAAUCAUUGUAGUUGGUGGCGCUAAGGAUGGAAAAGCCAACCAAGAUAUACUAUCAUUCAAUAUACAAACUCAUGACACUGAGGUACUGAUUAAGUCUUUGGACAAUGGUGUAUAUGAUACAUAUUGUUACGAUGGCAAAGAAUAUAUAUACGUACUGUCCAAGCACUCAUUCAUGCGAUACUCACUGGACACCACCAAGCCAUCGACAGCAAGGCUGGCAUUGUGUCCAACAGCAACUGGACAUCUUUGCAGUAUGAUAUACGAUCAACAAUAUGGGAUAGUCUAUCUGGGUGGCACCGGUCUAACAUACCAUUACUCAACGCAAGACAACAAAUGGACAAUGAUCGAUGACCAAGACAAUGUCAAUGGGCGAUACUGUUAUGGUGCAUGUUUGAUCAGAGAU